AAGGCGGAUGUUUAUUUUUAAUAGGCGAAACGAAUGGAAAUAUUCGAUACGCUUCCGCAUUAUUGAAAGCCCGAUUAUUUUUGAGUAGACUGUGCUGUGUGUUUACAAACUUCAAUCAACCAGGAUUAAACUAAUUAUAAGGAAGGCCUACUUGGCACAGUUCCACUAUCUGGUGUAAAUGCGUUUUAAAAUGCCAGCAAACACUAACACCACAUUGGGAUGCUUUAAUGAACUAAUUAUAAACGAGUAGGCGAGGAUCCAAUAAUUACCCAUUUAAAUAUGCAUAAUACGUAGUAGUACAAAGCUAUACGGCCACGAACUUAAAGCGUUAACCAAAAAAAAAAUUCAAAAAUAAGAAUAUGAAAGAAAAACAGCAACAUCUCAACGAUGUGUCCACGGUUCGCAUCUUAAUGCUGGGCGAUAGAGGAGUGGGAAAAACUAGUCUGACCAAUUUGCUGGCCAGUAGUGAUAUAACGCCCACACCCGCCUCCCGCACCGUGGGCGAGGGUUCCUGGAAUGUCCAGGUGCGGCUACACGAGUAUCCCAACUCGAUGGACCUGCCUCCCUCGCCCACCUGGACCUCGCCCUCUUCCUCGGAGCGAUCGCUGAAAUUCCCGUAUGCCCCAAGUACGCCCAGUGAUAUCCUGUAUUUCGUGGAAUUCUACGAUCUGAACAGCGAUCUGCGCAUGCGUCGCGAUCAGCGCGAUAGUUUCUAUAAGAACAUCGAUGGCAUUGUCCUGGUCUACAAUCUGCAGGACCUGCGCUCGCAGGACAAUCUGCACGAUUGGCUGUACGAACCUUUGCGUCAGAUUUGCAAGUAUCGCCACCGACGCACACGGCCCAUUUUGAGGCGCCAGCAUGUUCCCAUCCUGGUGGUGGGCACCAGGUUGGAUAAGCUGGUCCGCCGGCCAUUGCGACGGGGUGGGAGCAUUGCCCACCAGUUGGCUGCCGACGAGAUCCUACUGAACUGCCUGGAUCCCGAGAGCUUCGCGGACAAAGGCCGCAAUCAGGGCAAACUGCGCGGCUUCCUAAAUCGCGUUGUCGAAUUCAAGGAGCUCUUUCCACUCUCGAAUCCCCGCCACCUUUAAACAGAUCUCAGUUUAUAUUUUCUAGUUUAUUUUUAAUAAUAUUUAUGGAAAAUA